AUGGUUUCUAAAUUUUCAAUCUUGACCACCAUUUCACUCGCUGCCGCUGCUUUAGCUAGCCCAAUCUAUAGUGACACUUCUGUGAUCCACACCCAAAUUAUUGUCACAGACUAUACCACGUACUGUCCAGAAGCAACUACUCUCACCAUCACCACCUGUUCUGACAACCACUGUCUCCCAACAAGAAUCACUGUUACUGAACCAACCACCGUGACUAUCACUGAUGAAGUGUUGUGCUCUACCACUUCAACCAUUGAGCCUCCAACUACUUCCACAACCCAUGAAACUGGUAUUACCAUCACUGGUGAAAAUUCAAACACCCACAAAGUUACCGAAUCAACAGUGUAUGUUCCAACCACUACAGCUGUCACAAUUACUACCUGUAGUAACCACAAGUGUCACCCUACUGAAGUUACUGUUACAACCUCGGCUACUGUGAUCACAACUCCGACUACUGCACCAACCACUACACCAACCACUACCCCAGUUACCACCCCAGUUGUCACAUCAACAACUCCAGCUACAACUCCAACUACCCCAGUUACCACUCCUGUUACUACUCCAGUUACUACUCCAGUUACUACUCCAGCCACUACUCCAGCCACUACCCCAGCCACUACUCCAGCUACCACGAACACUCCAGGAGUCACUGUAAUUCCAGAUGUAACUGUGUUCCCAGAUGUUGCACCAACCGGUACACACACCGACGAGGGCCCAGUAUUCUUGUCAGUAGGUGAAACCACUCCAAUUACUGUUGCUGCUGCUUCCACAACUCCUGCCAGCAAUGCUCCAGCACCACAUGCAUUGAGUGAAUCACAAUCAUCUUCAUCAUCCACCGUCGAAUCCCCUAGUAUUGCUCCUCUUGCUGAGAAUGCUGCUGUCUCCAACAAGGCUAGCUCUUUCAUGAUGGGAGCUAUUGCCAUUGCUGUUGGUUUGUUUUAG